AGAAGCCCCAAAAGGCUGAUUGUGGCAUGCCAAUAUAAAUAUGAGAGCUCCCCGCCACCACUGUUAGGCCCUUCUCCUCUCCACUCGUAACUGCCAAGGGGAACAACAUCUGCAAUGGCCAGAUCCAUCACCAGAAAAACCAGAGGACGUCAAAGCCCAAUCUCCAGAAAGAAAUCACAUUCCAGCACCAAUUUUGGCCAUAGAAAUUAUUCACUCUAUGUAAACAGGGUCCUAAAGGAAGUGGUUCCCCAGAGGGGCAUAUCAUCUCGCACCUUGGACAUCAUGAACACCCUGAUCAAUGACAUCUUUGAGCUCAUUUCUAUGGAAGCCUGCAGCCUGAUGUGCUUCAGAAAUCGCUGUACCCUCACCCCGGAAGAUCUAGAGAAGGCAGUGUACUUGGUGUUGCCCACGAAACUAGCUAAGUAUGCGGUGGCUUUUGGAAGUGAAGCUGUCCAAAGAUAUGUCCACUCCUAAACUCCAUAUACCAGCUUAAUUAAAUCUUGGGGAAAGUAAAUCGAACUUACUACCCAAAUAAUCACUCCA